CGGGCGGCGACCGGUGACGGGGCGGGAUUUCCUGUCCGCGGGCCGAGCGGGGGACGCCGAAUCGAGCGGCGAGGAGCCAAACCGGCCGCUGCCGUCGCCAUGAUCAAGAAGUUCGACAAGAAAGAUGAGGAGUCCGGUAGCGGCUCGAACCCUUUCCAGCAUUUAGAAAAAAGCGCGAUCCUCCAAGAGGCUCGUAUUUUCAACGAGACGCCCAUCAACCCACGAAGAUGUCUGCACAUCCUAACCAAGAUCCUUUACUUGCUGAACCAGGGUGAGCAUUUCGGGACAACGGAAGCCACCGAAGCCUUCUUUGCAAUGACAAGAUUAUUCCAGUCCAACGAUCAAACCUUAAGGAGAAUGUGUUACCUUACCAUCAAAGAGAUGGCCAACAUCUCAGAAGACGUGAUCAUCGUCACCAGCAGCCUAACUAAAGAUAUGACGGGGAAAGAAGACGUUUACCGAGGCCCGGCAAUUCGAGCCCUGUGUCGGAUCACGGAUGGAACGAUGCUCCAGGCCAUCGAGCGAUACAUGAAGCAAGCCAUCGUCGACAAAGUCCCCAGUGUGUCCAGUUCUGCCUUGGUAUCAUCCUUGCAUAUGAUGAAGAUCAACUACGAUGUGGUGAAGAGGUGGAUCAACGAAGCCCAAGAAGCUGCUUCCAGCGACAACGUCAUGGUUCAGUACCAUGCUCUCGGUUUGCUCUACCACCUGAGAAAAAAUGACCGCCUCGCCGUUUCCAAGAUGCUGAACAAAUUCACCAGAUCCGGAUUGAAGUCCCAGUUUGCCUACUGUAUGCUGAUCCGGAUUGCCAGCCGGCUGCUGAAGGAGUCUGAGGAGGGGCACGACAACCCCCUCUUUGAUUUCAUCGAAAGCUGCCUGCGCAACAAACACGAGAUGGUGAUUUACGAAGCCGCCUCGGCCAUCAUCCACCUCCCCAAUUGCACAGCCCGGGAACUGGCCCCGGCAGUCUCAGUGCUUCAGCUCUUCUGCAGUUCGCCGAAGCCCGUUCUGAGAUACGCGGCGGUCCGGACCCUUAAUAAGGUGGCAAUGAAGCAUCCGUCCGCGGUGACGGCCUGCAAUUUGGAUCUGGAGAACCUGAUCACCGAUUCCAAUCGCAGCAUCGCCACGCUGGCCAUCACCACCCUGCUGAAGACGGGCAGCGAGAGCAGCGUGGACCGACUCAUGAAACAGAUUUCCUCCUUCGUCUCCGAGAUAUCGGAUGAGUUUAAGGUGGUAGUCGUCCAAGCCAUCAGUGCUCUGUGCCAGAAGUACCCACGGAAACACAGCGUCAUGAUGACGUUCCUGUCCAACAUGCUUCGGGAUGACGGCGGCUUCGAGUACAAGCGAGCCAUCGUGGACUGUAUCAUCGGCAUCAUCGAAGAGAACCCCGAGAGCAAAGAGACGGGCCUGGCUCACCUCUGCGAGUUCAUCGAAGACUGCGAGCACACGGUGCUGGCCACCAAGAUCCUCCACCUGCUGGGCAAGGAGGGGCCCAGGACCCCCACCCCUUCCAAGUACAUCCGCUUCAUCUUCAACCGAGUGGUGCUGGAGAACGAAGCCGUUCGGGCUGCGGCCGUCAGCGCUCUGGCCAAAUUUGGGGCUCAGAAUGAGAAUCUCCUGCCCAGCAUUUUGGUGCUCCUGCAGAGGUGUGUGAUGGACAGUGAUGAUGAAGUCCGGGAUCGAGCCACUUUCUAUCUGAACGUGCUGCAGCAGAGACAGCUGACUCUCAAUGCGGCCUACAUCUUUAAUAGUCUGACCGUCUCCAUUCCUGGCAUGGAAAAAGCCCUGCACCAAUACACGCUGGAGCCUUCGGACAAGCCUUUCGACAUGAGGUCUGUGCCGCUGGCCACCGCCCCCGUCUUUGAGCAAAAAGCAGAGAUUUCCCUGGUAGCCAACAAACCUGAAAAGAUGGCUCCUUCACGACAAGACAUAUUCCAAGAACAAUUGGCCGCCAUUCCUGAAUUCAAGAACCUGGGCCCGCUAUUCAAGUCCUCGGAGGCUGUGCAGCUGACAGAGGCCGAGACGGAGUAUUUUGUCCGCUGUAUUAAGCACGUCUUCUCCAAUCACAUUGUCUUCCAGUUCGAUUGCACCAACACCCUCAACGACCAGCUCUUGGAAAAAGUGACGGUUCAGAUGGAGCCUUCGGAAGCUUACGAAGUUCUCCGCUGCAUCCCGGCACCCAGCCUUUCGUACAACCAGCCGGGCAUGUGCUACACGCUGGUGCGCCUGCCUCUGGAUGACGCCACCGCAGUGGCGUGCACCUUUAGCUGCACGAUGAAGUUCAGAGUUCGAGACUGCGAUCCCAACACCGGCGUGCCGGAGGAGGACGGUUACGAGGACGAAUACGUGCUGGAGGAUCUGGAGCUCGCUCUCUCCGACCACAUCCAGAGAAUCCUGAAGCCGAACUUCGCCGCCGCCUGGGAGGAAGUGGGCGACGACUACGAGAAGGAGGAAACCUUCGCACUCAGCACCAUUAAAAGCCUGGAUGAAGCUGUGAACAACAUCGUGAAGUUCCUCGGCAUGCAACCUUGCGAGAGAUCGGAUAAAGUGCCCGAGAACAAAAAUUCGCACACACUCUACCUGGCAGGUAUGUUCAGAGGUGGCUUAGACGUCCUGGUCAGAGCCCGACUCGCUCUUGGCGACGGCGUGACGAUGCAAGUGACCGUCCGGAGCAUCGUCGAAGCCCCCGUGGACGUCAUCUUGGCUUCCGUCGGCUAACAGUCGUCACCCGAGCCUGCCCCAUCCCCACCGGCGACUCCUCUUCCGGAUCUGGGGAUGGCGCGUUUAUUCGGUUCGUUGCGCGAUUCCCUUCGAUGGUUAUUCUUCUGUCAAGGAAUUUUGGCAUUUCUUUUGCGCACUCCAGGA